AUGUAUCCCAACCCCGAACCCACAACCACUCCCAAAUCCACAACCACAUCCGCACCCACAACCCUCACACAAUCCACGCUCCUCACACCAAUUUCCACCACCUCAAAAUCCAUCUCAACCUCCAUCACAUUUUCAAACCCCACAACCAAAUCCAAUUCCAAUUCCAAAUCCGAUUCCAACUCCCAAGCCAUGGCCUCCCUCCUCUCAACAUUCUCAGCUUACAAAGCGAAGAUCCUAGACUCGACAAAGCCAAAGCAAACCACAGGAUCCUCAAGUCCUACCGUACCAAUUCCGGACUCAGAUGAGGUGGUCUCGAGAUACCGACCGACGAUUGCAGAGAGACGGAGGUUGCACUGCCCGUCACGGCUGAGAAUACAGCCGGUUGUGGGGAGGUUGGCUGGUGUGGAGAUUGGUAGGGAGAGGGAGGUUUCGCCUGUCGCAUUGUCUGAAGCUGAGUCUGAGUUGGAGUGUGAAGCUGAGUCGGAAUCUGAUUCUGGAUCCUUUGCGCUAGAUGAAUAUUUUGGUUCUGAAGCUGAAGGUGGAGAUCUGAGUCCUCCUGUAGUGUACCACCAGCCAUCAAGAAGGUGGGGAGAGACGGGAGUUGGAGUUGGAGUUGGAGUUGGGAGACGAGCGGCGAUUGUGGCGCCGAUGGUGAGGCAUCACAGCCAGGCUGUGGUGGUUGAGGUUUGUGGUGAGGAGGAGAUUGGGGGGUUGGGGUUUGAUGAGGGGGGUGGAGAUGGUGAGGAUGAGAGUAAAUACCAGGUAUGUAAUAUCGACCUCGUAGAAUGUCGCUCGCCAGUCUCGCCCUCAUCAUCUUCUAGUUACUCAGACGCGAUAUUCCCGCUACAAAUCACCACGGCGGAAUCAACCCACCACUCUUCUUCCUUCUCUUGCCCCUCCUCCCUUUCUUCAAGCUUCUUGGCUAAAGACUAUGAGAACAUGGAGGCCAGUGUCCAAGUCUUCGCCACCCUCGACGUCGAAAGCCUAAUCAGCGACCCCGGCCCCAUAUUUACAGACCUCAACCUCGACGACGCAGACUGGUGUCUUGAACCACAUCCCAUGAGUAACUCUUGUAGCUGUCACUGGUGUGAGGUUGCCAGAUUUCCGGAGCUGAGGAGAGAGAAGCAUGAUUUUGGGGUUUGGUGUAGGUGUUUGGCUUGCUUGAGAUUCGAGGCGAGGAGGACGUUGUUGGAGAUGGUGGAGGGGAGUGGGGGGAGUGAGGAGGUGCGGGAGGUGCUUGUUAAGUGGGUUGAGAGGUUGUUGGAUGGGGAAGGGGAAGGGGUGGAGGGAGAGGGAGAUGAGUGGAGUGAGGAUGGGGAUGAGGAUGAGGAUGAAUUUGAUGCUGGAAUUGAAGGGGUUCUCAGUCCUUACUUUGAGAUGGAUGAGAGAAGUAUGGUGGAAACAGAGGAGGAAUACUCCAUUGAGUGUGAGGUUCUCUUUGAUGCUGGCAUCGAUUGGGAUCUUGGUGGUCUUGAUCUACAUCCUGGGAGAUUCAGCGCACUUUGUUCGAGAUUGAGGAGGUUUUGGAGCGGACCUCCUGUUUCUACUCCUUUGCUUCCAUUGCAUGAGCCAAAAUAG